CGGUGUUUUGUAAACAAAAGGGAGACAGCCAGCUAGCGAGCUUUGUUGAUUGUUGGUGUUGCUGCAGCUUUCCCGGCAGCUCCCGUGAGUGUUUGCCGUCCGAAAUCGUGUCCGAGAUGGAAGCGCCGCUGGACACGGAGGCCGUCUUGGCUUCGCUGAAGGAGCUGGCCAGCGAGCGGCACCAAAAGAUCCCUCAGGUGCUGGAGGAGUACCUUCUGCAGGUCGCCCGCACGGGCAACGUCGUCUUCGAGGCGGAGUGGGACGACGUGAAGCGGCUGCUCAAACUCAAGCUGGACAACAACAUUGAUUUCUUCCAGGACUUCUGCGCUGAUUUGCCGUGCGACAAGGACUUUAACCUCCACCAGGUCCGCACCUUCCUCUACGACAGGUUCGACUUCUUCAGCAGACCGCCGUUCACAAUCCAGAGACUGGUCGAGGUGCUGACGACCUCGAGGAAGCAGUACCAGCGCGUGGACAAGUAUCUCCGGGCCGUGGAGAAGAAUCUCAUGGUCGUCUCCACCGUGGGGCAAGAAACAGAGUUCCACUGCGAAGCCAAAUUCGUCCCCCACUUCAAUUACGCCUCGCCGACAGUCUCGAAGGUUGGCCAGGCUGACCUGAUUCCCCUUCAAAAUGCAGCUUUGAACUUUGACGUGUCGAGCCGGUUUUCGAGUCGCGUGUUCAUCAAGCCGCCACACCCGCUGAUGGGCGACGAGAGCGACGACGAGGACGAAGACGACGACAUGGAUGAUGACUCGGACGUGCCGUUCAUCCACCCGGCGCUCGAAGGCAUGGAGCCGAUGGACACCUCCGAGACCGACUCGUGCGGUCUCAGGAACGGAGUGCGCAAGCGGAAGCUGCGCCCUGAACAGCCCGAGUGCAGACCCAGCGGCAGCGAGCCCAACGGCCAGGGCCCGCAGGCGGCCGCUGUGCCGGCGGCCACAAUCACCGCCAUCGAAGCCGAACAGAAAGAGACUGAACAGCCACCUGCCAAGGUUGAAAAGCCUUCUGAAGAAAACGCCAAGCAACUUGUCAGUGACAAGGAAGAGACUAAACAGCCUGAGCCGCCUGCCCAAGAGGCUGAGCCCGUUCCUGAGAAGGAAGACGAAGAGGCGCCGCAGGAACCUCAGGUGGCGCAGGAAAGCAGCCCUGAAAAAGCAGCCGAGUCAUCCGAAGUGAGUCCCGCCGCCGCAGCAGUAGUGGAAGAGGCGCAAAAGACCGAGGAAAUCGAAAAACCCAACGAGGAGAAAUCUGAGGAGAGCGAGGAACGAGCCGAGGAGGAAACGGUCGCUGCCGUCACCGUGGAGACGCCGGCCGAAGAGGAGAAGCCAACGAAAGAGAAGGAGGAACCGACAGCCGAGGCUGCGUAACUCAUUUUUUAAUCAGGUUUUAUGCGCGGACGGAGAAAAAUGAGGUGACGGCUUGUAUGCUAGUGCAAAAUACUGGGAGCGAACCUGGGUCCACGGCUGGAGAGGAUUUUAUUGUUCGUCAUUGUGCAGAGAUUGUCCUGAUUUAUAUACAUACAUAUACACACACACACACAGACACAUGUUCGCAAUUUUAAAACGUAGAUGCAUUUACUUGUGAUUUUAAUCGAUCAUUUCGCUCUUUAUAUAGGAUCUUUAGCGUAUAGUUACUGUAAAAGUAAGGUGACUAACCAUUAUUAAAAUUUGGAUACCAAAUAAGAAUCGA